AUGUUUUUUAGUACCAAUGAUGACUCCUACUAUAAGGUGUUGGGAUUGGAGAAAGGAGCAACAGAAGAAGAGAUCAGGAAAGCGUAUAAAAAGAUGUCUCUUAAACAUCACCCUGACAAAAACCUGAAUGAUCCAAAUGCUGCAGAUAGGUUUAAAGAAAUCAAUCAAGCCAAUCAAGUUCUUUCAAACCCUAGCUUGAAAGAAAUCUAUGAUAAAUAUGGCAUGAUGGGACUUUUCUUAGCCGAGCAAAUUGGAGAGGAGGUAAACUUUUAG